AUGGUGUCCAGCACGGCCGCGCUGCUCCUGGGCGCGGUGCUGCUGGUGGCCCAGCUCCAGCUAGUGCCUUCCCGCCCUGCAGCGCCCGGGGACGCGCCGGGCCAGCCGGAGCUCGCGCGCAGAGCAGCCACCCUCCAGGGUGAGGGCCGAGAAGGCGCGGCUCCCAACGGCUCGGCCCAGCAGCUGCCGCAGACCAUCAUCAUCGGCGUGCGCAAGGGCGGCACGCGCGCGCUGCUGGAGAUGCUCAGCCUGCACCCCGACGUGGCAGCCGCUGAGAACGAGGUCCACUUCUUCGACUGGGAGGAGCACUACAGCCAAGGCCUGGGCUGGUACCUGGGCCAGAUGCCCUUCUCGUCCCCGCACCAGCUCACGGUGGAGAAGACCCCCGCGUACUUCACGUCGCCCAAAGUGCCUGAGCGUGUCCACAGCAUGAACCCGGGCAUCCGGCUGCUGCUCAUCCUGCGGGACCCGUCCGAGCGCGUGCUGUCCGACUACACCCAAGUGUUCUACAACCACGUGCAGAAGCGCAAGCCCUAUCCGUCCAUCGAGGAGUUCCUGGUGCGCGACGGCCGGCUCAACGUGGGCUACAAGGCGCUCAACCGCAGCCUCUACCACGUGCACUUGCAGAACUGGCUGCGCUUCUUCCCGCUGCGCCGCAUCCACAUCGUCGAUGGCGACCGCCUCAUCAGGGACCCUUUCCCCGAGAUCCAGAAGGUCGAGCGGUUCCUGAAGCUGUCCCCACAGAUCAACGCCUCGAACUUCUACUUUAACAAAACCAAGGGCUUUUACUGCCUGCGGGACGGCGGACGGGACCGCUGUUUGCACGAGUCCAAAGGCCGGGCGCACCCCCAAGUUGACCCCAGACUCCUCAGUAAACUGCACGAAUAUUUUCACGAGCCAAAUAAGAAAUUCUUCGAGCUUGUGGGCAGGACAUUUGACUGGCACUGAUCUGCAAUAACCUAGGCUCGGAACCUUUCCUAUUGUAAGUUCUGGUGUACAUCGGGGG